AUGUCUACUCCGAGCGCGGACACGGUCACAAAAGUCUCAACAGAUGGCGCCACGGAUUUCGUCCAGUCCUUUUACUCCGCCCUCCAAUCCAACCGGGGAACGAUAGCGACAUUUUACAGCCAGAUGCCAUCCACGAUUCUCUUCAACGGGAAUGUAGUCGCUGACGGGGCGGCAGUUCAGGAUAUUUUUGUGAAUCAACUGCCGCCUACCCGUUUUGAAGUACAGUCCUUCGAUUGCCAGGUCAUCAACAGCCAUUAUCCCACCCCCACCGCUACGGGCGUCAAAACCCCGGCUCAGACGACCGUGAAGGACAUGUCUUUACUGGUGACGGUCAGUGGAUACGUGCAGUUUGGCGAGUCAAGGGAUGCCCCCCAGCGCGGAUUCAGCGAGACGUUUGUCCUGGUCCCCAACCCUGCCGCGAGCUCAACGGGGGGUGGCGCAAAGGGCAAGGGCAAAAAGGAGUGGUUGAUCCAAAGUCAGAACUUCCGACUUGUCGUCUGA